CGGCGGGGAAGCAAGCCUCCCUCUGGAGUUGAGCUCCGAGCUGCUGCCUCAGUCACCGCUUCCUGGAAUCUAUAAACCAAGCCUGAGGACGGCAAAGGAGCUUCCAGGGCCGCCGCGGUCCCACAGGACCCUCUCCGCCACGCGCCAUGUGGCCGGUCUUGCUGUUUCUGCUGCUGCCGCCCACGGUUCUGCGCCCUAGCCGAGCAGAGCCGUCCCAGGGCAGGGUCCCGCUUUUCCGGAUCACUCAGUUCCCCUGGGGUAGUGCUGGCAGCAACGCCACGGGCUCGCCCUGCGAGGGGAUUCCCUCCGCGGGGGCCACGGCCUUGACCCUGGCUAAUCGCAGCCUGGAGCGCCUGCCCAGCUGCCUGCCACCCGCGCUGCGUAGCCUUGACGGCAGCCACAACCUGCUGCGCUCCCUGAGCGCGCCGGAGCUCGGCCACCUGUCGCAGCUGCAGGUGCUGACGCUGCGCCACAACCGCAUCGCCACGCUGCACUGGGGCCCCGGCGGGCCCGCCGCGCUGCACUCGCUGGACCUCAGCUACAACCGCAUCGCCGCGCUGCCGCCGUGCGCCGGGCCCGCGCUGCGCAACCUUCGCGCGCUGACGCUCGUCGGGAACCCGCUGCCGGCGCUGCAGCCCCGGGCCUUCGCCUGCUUUCCCGAGCUACGGUUCCUCAACCUCUCAUGCACUGAGCUGGGUCGCGGGGCCGCGGAGGCCAUCGCCAAGGAAGCGUUCGCGGGGGUGGACGGCGCGCCGCUGGCCACGCUGGAGAUCCUGGAUCUCAGCGGCACGUCCCUGGAGCGCGUGGAGUCCGGGUGGAUGCGAGACCUGCCAAACCUCACGUCCCUCUACCUGAGGGGGAUGCCCAGGCUGAGGACCCUGGAGGGGGACAUUUUCAAGAUGACGCCUCGCCUGCAGCACCUGGAUUGUCAAGACUCCCCGGCACUGACCUCUGUCCACACAGCCAUCUUUCAAGAUACUCCUCGCCUCCAGCUUCUUCUGCUGCAGAACUGCAACUUGAGUUCUUUCCCGCCUUGGACCCUAAAUUCCUCCCAGCUCCUAUCCAUCAACCUCUUUGGCAACCCCCUCACUUGCAGCUGCGAGUUGUCGUGGCUCCUCGCGGAUACAAACAGAACUGUCCUCAGCAGGGCAGCAGACACCAAGUGCGCCCCCGCUGCGGGAUCCAGUGGCCCCUUCCCGGCCCCUCUCUCCCUCCUACAGCUGCACGUCGUGUGCCAGACGGACCAAAGCACCACCCCUCUUGCUCCAAAUGCAUCCUCCUUCCGCGGCUCCACCCACGCACCAUCCAUACGGGGGCUCUCCACCGGCUCCACUCAGUCUGCAGGGGGCCAGCGGAGCGUCACCAAGGCGCCCUCGCUCCCGAUGGCUCCUCUCACUGGAGCUGCGGGGCCGCCCAGCGCCAUCGGGGAGGGGACCGCCGCCUGCACCCCCAGCCGCGCAGAGCGGUACAGCAAACCCAGCGUCCCACCCAGGGCUGCCAGCACAGCCGAGAGCCAGUUCCGAGGAGCAGCGGCACACGGUGCGCACCUUGUCCGUGAGCCUGGCAGUUCAGCCACGUCCACGCCGCCGGCCAGCCAACGCCCCGGACCGGUCCCUGCUUGGCGGGACCCUUUGGGCACGCCCCAGCCCCAGUCGAGGACGCGGGCAGGCGCCCAGGCUCCCCACGCAAGCCCUUCCCAAGGCGAGAUCCCAGUCUUGCUGUUGGACGACUACAGUGACGCCGAGGAGGGGACGUCGGCGGAGGUGGGGGCACCUCCCCGCGACGUGGAGUGCGAUUACCACCCCUGCAGGCACCUGCAGACCCCGUGCGCAGAGCUGCAGAGGCGCUCGCGGUGCCGGUGCCCCGGCCUCAGCGGGGAAGACGCCGCCCCAGACUCUCCGCGGCUGCAGGAGGUGUCCGAGACGACCGACACGUGGGCGCUCGUCCGCUGGUGCGCCCCCAACUCGGUGGUGCGCGGGUACCAGAUCCGCUACUCCGCGGAGGGCCAGGCGGGGAACACGUCGGUGGUGGGGGGCAUCCCUGCCACGGCCCGGGAGCACCCGCUGUACGGGCUCGCGCCGGCCACCACCUACCGCGUGUGCGUGCUGGCGGCCAACCGCGCGGGCCUGAGCCGGCCGCAGGCCUGGGGCAUCAGGAGCCCGUGCGCCGCCUUCAGCACCAGGCCCAGCUCGGGGCUCAUCCUGGCGGGGCUGUGCGCCACCAGCGGCCUGCUGCUCGCCUGCAGCCUCGUGCUGGCCGCGUGUCUCUGCAGGCGGUGCCGGACGCCACGGCCCCCGCAGCCACAGGACACGCACCUGGUGGCCUACCGAAACCCGGCCUUUGACUACCCGCUGAAGCUGCAGACCCUCAGCUAGCCCCGCUUCCACCCUCCCAUCGAGCUCCACUGGGAGCAGGAAGGAAGGCGCAGAGGCUGCCAAGGGGCGGGCGAAGCCAGCACGCGGGGAGAUUGACAGUUGCCCAGGCCGAGGGACAGCUGCUGGCCCUGCCUCCCACGUUCCCAGAAACCUGGCUGUUGGCGUCAGACCACCCCCUCCCCAUCACUGCAGGGAACAUUGGGAAAAGGUUGCGUUUAUAAGUUAGCUUUACUGCCUUUUCCUAAGACUGAGUGCUCGCUGUCUAGAGGCCCCCCCCCCUUUUAAUUAGAGAACCCCACAGCUCUAUCUAGAAGCCUAAGUCCAUCAAACAAUGCCUUAACCAUUCUGUGCCAUCAUCCUGUAUGAAGAAGGCCCACGGAGACUUCUAUUGGGCCCUACCUCUACCACUGUUGGUAAUGUUGAAACAAGCAUUGAGUUGAUACAGAAUUGCAAACUUGGGACUUAACAGAGGGGUGAUUUGUGUCUUGGUGUUGGAUGUGUCUACUACACACGUUUUCACUUCUAUACAGUUAGGUGGAAACUACUGAGGCUCUAUUUCUAGGUUUCAAUUUUCAACAUUAGCAUUUGUUAGUUUCCUAUGGCUGCUGUAACAAAUGACAAUAAACUGGGUGGCUUGAACAACAGAAAUUUAUUUCCUUGCUGCGAGCAUUGUGGCACAGAGGCUUAAGCCGCCCCCUGAAUCUCAUGAGCACCAGUUGCAGUCCCAACUGUCCCACUUCCAGUCCAACUGGAAGUGGACUGGAAGUGCACCUGGGAGAGCAUUGGAAGAUGGCCCAAGUGCUUGGGUCUCUGCCACCCAUGUGGGAGAUUGGAUGCAGUUCCAGGCUCCUGGCUUUGGCCUGGCCCAGCCUUGGCUGUUGAGACCACUUGCGGAGUGAACCAGCAGGCGGAUGUCCCUCUCCUUCCCCCUCUCUCUGUAACUGUGCCUUGCAAAUAGUCUUUUAAAAAGCAUUUAUCUUCUUACAGCUCAGGCCAGAAAUCUGACAUCAAGUUAUCAGCCUCAAGGCUCUUAAGAGUUGCCUGUGCCCUGCUCCUGGCGGUGCCGGCUGCCAGCCUUGGGGCUCCUCGGCUGGCACACCUCACUGCCCUCUGUGCUACACCAUCUCAUGGCCACCUCUGAGUCCAUGGUCACACUUCCUUUCUCCGGUAAGGAUACCGUAAGUCACUCGGUUAAGGCCACUGUAAUCCUGACUUAAUUACAUCCACACAGACUAUUUCCAAAGGUCACAUUCCCAGGUACUGGAGGUUAAUUUUGAUCUUCUGGAGGAACACAAUGUAACCCAUAAUGACUCAUUUCUGCUAUAACAGAAAAGAUGUCAAGUUUUCAUCCUUUCUUCAAAACAAAGCACAGAAGCCAUGCUAUGCUGCAGAAGCUGAGCCAGUUCCUUAUGACCUGAAUAACUGCACUGCACUGUUACUUUGUUGAGGGUUUAAGGUCCCGAGUUCCCCAAAUGCUAAGGUGGAUCCUCAGUUUUAUUACCAAUGGAACCAAGAGAAAUGGACUACAUUUUUGCAGAUUUCCCCCAGUUCCUGCUUAAAAAUGGCAAUGCAAAAGCCAAAAAUGUGACUAAGUGGUGUCAAGUCCUGCGACGUGUCAUUAAAUGUUCCCAGUGCUUGCUUCAGCCUACCAUUGAGAUUUGUAUCUAUUCUGUGGCAACACCAAAAUGAAUUUACAUUGUUUUGGGUCUGUUAUGUACGUAUGAUUAUGCUUAAUUUAAUUCCAACUAUAAACUUAAUGUACUUUAUAACAAUUCAGUACCCAAAAGCCUGGGACUUGAAUACUUGAUUCAUCCUCCAAUUGACCCUAACAGCCAGGGCUGGUCUAGGCUGAAGCCUGGAACUCAGUCUAGGUACGGACCCAACUUCCUGACCUGAUCUGUUGCAUCCCAAGAUGUACAUCAGUAGAAAGCUGGAAUUGAGUAGAGACAGAACCUGAACCCAGGCCCUCCAAUAUGGUAUGCAGACAUCCCAAGAGGCAUCUUACCCCAUGUGCCAAACUGUGGUGGAAUGAGAAGGCCAUGCCAAGAUGGCGCACGCACGCGAGUGUCAGUUACGCAGGAAUGGCUUCGGAACCCACCUGGCAAAAGAGCCUGCCUGGCAACAGGCAGUGAAUGGUUAGGGCAUAAACCACCCCUUGACCGGAUUGGCUGCCUUGGCUAUAUAAGCUGUUAUACCAACUGAAAUAAACGAGUCUGUAGGCUGCUCGUCUCUGGCCUGCUUUCACCUGA